AGACAAUACUCGAUCUAUUAAUCACAUUACACAUUCUGUAAAAACUCCUAUCGUUACUUUCGAUAUACAGAUAAAGAGGAAAAAACUGAGAUCUAAGACUAAUCAAAUUUCUGACCCAUCUAAUAUUAUCACCGGGAGGAGUUACAUAUUGGAUAGUAAAGUUAAUACUGCUGAAAUUAUAACAAAAAAAGAUAACCUAUAUACUUUAAUCGAACGUAAUUGUAAAGAAACAGAAGAAGCUGAGCGUGAAACAGAAAGAAUUUUGAAUUUCAACUAA